AGUUAAUAGAAAUUAAUUAAUAGUCUUCGCUCAAUCGCUCUAUAAAAAGCCAGAACAACUUUGGAUUCUUCAGACCAAAUACAUAACUUCAUAGAGUUAAGGUCGUGAUUGAUUAUUGAGGUGCUCCUAUGGCCGUAUGUGAGGAAGAGGUGAAGCUUUUGGGAUUUGUGAGAAGCCCAUUUGUCAACAGGGUUCAGAUUGCUCUGAAGUUAAAGGGCGUUGAGUACAAAUUUCUGGAAGAAGAUGUGAGCAAUAAAAGUGAUCUGCUCCUCAAGUACAACCCUGUUUAUAAGAGGGUUCCUGUGUUUGUUCAUAAUGAGAAGCCCAUAGCAGAGUCCCUUUUGAUUCUUGAGUACAUCGAUGAGACAUGGAAACACAAUCCUAUGUUGCCUUCUGACCCUUACCAAAGAGCCUUGGCUCGUUUCUGGUCCAAGUUCAUCGAUGACAAGUGCGUGCCUGCUGUACGGAAAUCUGUUUUUAGCGAUGAUGAGAAAGAGCGAGAGAAGAAUUAUGAGGAAUCACUAGAGGCUCUGCAGUUUCUUGAGAAUGAACUCAAAGACAAGUUCUUCGGGGGAGAGGAGUUUGGGUUUGUGGAUAUUGUUGCUGUCUUCAUAGCUUUUUAUAUUCCUAUAGUUGAAGAAGUUACUGGGCUGCAGUGGUUGACCAGUGAAAAGUUCCCAAAGCUGUAUCAAUGGAGCCAAGAACUUCUUAACCACCCAGUAGUCAAAGAAUCUCUGCCUCCUAGAGAUCCAAUUUUGGCCUAUUUCAAAGCUACCUAUGAGAGUCUUGCUGCUUCUAAAUAGAUUAAUAUAGAGUAAGACUUGGAAUUUUUAAGGAAUUGUAUGAACUACAAGUUUAUCAAUGAGUUAUUGCUGAUUGGGUUUGAUGUCCAAAUGAUAUAUGUAAUAAUAAUCCAAGAUUCUCUGUCAAAAA